AACCAACAAAACAACAUUCAUAAAACAUUGAAAGUUAGUAUAUUUAUAAUUAAAAAAAAAAUCAUAAAUUUACAAUUAAACAUGAAUUUAUGUAAGUUUCUCUUGGUUUAGGCCUAUUGGCCGAAAAUUGUCCACAUUUAAUAGGCCUAAUAGACUGCCCAUAUAGUCGUCCAUUGGCCCAGCCCAGGAACAUUUUCAAAUUAAAUCGUAGUAAUUUAAAAUUUCUCACUCUCUCACUCACUCACUCCCUCCCCACACAAACCCAAAGGUGCAAUAUCGUCUUCUGCAGCAUAUCGUCGGCGACAGAUGGCUCCGGCGAAAGCGGCGGCGCGUGCAAUAUCGCAGCAAGCUUUCGACGAAAUGGUUCGGGAAAACAUUGACGACCUCGGCAUGGACCCCACAGAGGCUCUCGAGGACGCCAUCCAGACCCUCACACUUCAAGGCGUUGAUCUCUCCGGUAUUGUGACCUGCGCUCCGGGAGAAAGCAAUCCGGUGAUGGAUUGUCUGGAAAAACUGAAGGAGAAGAGGACGUUGCCUGAAAUUGUGAAGCUUCUAGAUGAAUUGGGUGUUUUGUGCGGAGACAAAGGGUCCGGGAAUGCGGCGAUAGCGGCCAAAAAUGGAGCUGUGGAGUUGGUGAUUUCUGUCUGCUCAAAGCUGCGGGAUGCGCGUGAUCGGGGCUUGGCUUCUGGAUUGAACGCCAUGGCUUCUGUACUUCAUGAUCUUCAAAGUUCUGAAAUAUUUAAGGAGAAAGGUGGCCCAAAGAUUAUUGUAGGUAUUCUGAGCAGUGAAAGAGAAGAUGAGAAGAUCUUGGAUGGUUGUUUUUCAGUCGUGGCUGCAGCCGCAACCGGCAAUGAAGUCCUCAAGGAAUCUUUUAUGGACUUGAAAAUUGAUGAGUUGAUAGUGAAGAUUCUGAAGGAACACAAUGGAGGGAAUAUCCCAAGCAUAUACGAUGCCAUACGAGUCAUCUUGAUGUCCGAUGAUAAUCGUGUCGUGGCUUCACAGGUUUUUGGCUAUGCUCGACAAUUUGCAAAGUUAGGAAUUGCAGAGGUUCUUGUGGAUUCACUGCGCGAAGGACUCAACACCUCUUAUCUAAUAUCUGCCAGCAUUGCUUUGAAGGCUGUGGCUGUCAAUGAUGAAAUUUGCAGGUCCAUUGCUCAUAAUGGAGGUAUAGAUGUGAUUCUCAAGUGCCUUGACGAUAGUGGUUUACAGGGAAUUAAUGAUGUGGCAAGAGCCUGCUGCUCUCUGUUAUCUAAGCUUGCAGGAAGUGACGUGAACAAGAGCACUAUUGUCGAGAAGGGAGGCUUUGAUAGGCUUAUAAAUCUUUCGGCAAGAUUCUCAGAUGAUCCUACGGUGCUGCAGGAGGUCAUGUCCAUUAUAUGCACUCUAUGUCUAAGAUCCCCCGAGCACGCGGCUCAUGCCAUUGAAUCUGGAGCCGGGGACCUUGCUAUUCAAGCAAUGCAGAAGUUUCCGGAUUCGGACCAACUCCAAAGGAACUCUUGUUUCAUGAUAAGGAAUCUCGUUGUAAGAAAUCGAGAAAACAGGAAGCUCUUGCUCGUUAAUGGCAUCGAGGGACUUAUUAGAAAGGCAAAGCAGAGCCAUCGAAGCUGCAAAGAUGCGGCCACUGAUGCACUCCGAGAUUUGGGUGUCGACAAUUACAACUCGUGAGCGUGAUUUUUGUGGCGCUUGGCUUUCUUCCGGUAAUAUAAUCGACCACGUUUUGUUUUAGCAAAUUCAAAACUU